CAUCCAAAAUUUAGAAAGUUAAACCAUUACGGUAUAUCAUGGCAAGUUUGUGAGCGAAAUGAAAAAUGGUCAUCUGGCCUAAAAUGGUAUAAGAAUCUAUGCCAAACUCUUUGAAGUUUCAUCUUAAAUGUAAUGCUAAUAAAUUAUGUAUAGGUGUGCAGUCAGACCUCAUUGUUCUGGAACUAAUAUCUCACCCCCGGUGAGCUCUGCCGACCAUGUUACCUCCAUGGCUGGCAGUCAACAUGAUGAUUCUGCUGCUCAUGGUAUGAGUGCUGCGGGAAGAAACGGCUCUAAUAAACCUCCUCUUGUCCCACCCACUUGUGCUCCAGCACAGUUACAUGCUGGACCCUCCAGAAACCAUUUAUCUUCUUUUUCUGACUAUUCAACCAUGGAGAAAUUGGGAAAAGACAGAAAUGGAGCCUCUGCUGUUCCUUGUCUUAGUGAUGACGGCAACGUAGGUGUAACCAUCACCAGCAUACUGGAGCUUCAUCACAAUUGCGCUGUGGUUAUUGAUGCUUAUAUACAGUCGCUGAACGAUGUGUGUGUGAGAGGUGGUAGACUGUCACACUGCCUGGCUGCUCUCAACAGCCAUCACAGUGCCAACAAUGCUUUAUUCAUCAAAGAAAUAAAUGACGGCUGGGAAGGCCUUGGCAAGACCAUGUCUGUGGCCUCUGCAGCUGUCAGGGCUCACAUGAUGACGCUGCUGCAAGAAGCCACAAAAAUAAGCAUUGCGUCUACUGAACAUGAGCUUCCUGAUUCUGGCCCACAUUUGCACAUGGAUAAGCUUGUCUCCCUGCUGUGCUCGAGUUUCUUGUCUCUACAAUGUCAAUCUUCUGGGGCAAUUUUGGAAGCCUUCUCUCCAUUUUCUUCCAUGGUCCUGCCCAUCACUCCAAUCUCCUCAAUGGAUCACUCACCUCCUCUGUCUCAAUAUUCGACCCCUGCAACUCCUCCCCACUUCUCAUCACUGUUAACGCCACCGCCGUCAGCGUCGAGUUCAGUCAGUAAUUUUGUUGUUGGUAACUACAUGGGACCAUCGGCUCCUUUCAGUUACCAUGGAGGUAGACUCAGGACCCGCACUCUGUCUGCCAAUCAGCUCAACCCUGCAGGGGUGAGUGUUCAACAUCAUAACCUUCUUACUCCCAGCUACUCGGCUAGCUCUUCAACUGAUUGUACAUUUAGACGCUGGUCUAUGGGAGCCAAUGAGAGCCACAGUGGUGGCACAACCACCGAAACAUCUCGUGCAAGUGUGGAUGAAGGAAACGCAAAAUCCAAAGAUGGUCUGUCUGGCCCAGGUCCACCUCGUCGUUGGUCAGUACCUGAAACCAAACAUCAUCAUUCACCACACUCUGUGUCCGGUCUUGGCCGUACUGGAUCUGACAUCAACCCAUGGUAUGGUUUUUGGCCCGCAUUGCCUCCCAAUCCCGUGUCUGGAGUGACCGCUGUUGGCACCUGCGCACCAAGUGUGGCAACUUCUUCUGGCGUUGUUACGACCAAAAGCCCUGCAGCCGCUGGUAAAGGCGACAACUCUCUCAAGCCUGAUUUCGGCGACGGUGACGCCAGCGCCCGCCGCUUAAGUGUCCCGGGUGCUGCUGCCGCCUCGAGAGAGAGUAGUCUUGGCGGCACCAGGAGCAACAGUCACUCUCGCUCUGCCACCCCGGAUCUGUCAAAACUUUACCAGUUGAUAACGUCUGACGAGCUCGAAGAUGUUGUUGAGAUGCUCAGUGGCUGCUUGAGGCCUUCAACUUCUCCUUGCAGUCGGAGCAGGAAAAGUUACAGUUCUUCUUUCAAGAAUCUUGUUGCCCAUGCAAAACCUCCUAAACUUUGCCCGGAAACUAAAAACAUUGACUGCAAGAAAGCAGUUACGUCGUCUGCUCCUAUCAAUGUUGGCAAAGAAGAAGAUGUCAAGGUAGAACCUGCGUCUGGAUCUCCUGCUGCAAGCUCGUCUCCAGGAACUAGCAUCACUGUCUCAACAAACACGUUUCACCGGUGCAGACAUCAUUGUUCUCGCUCCUCAUCAUCUUCACACCACCAUCAUUAUGCAUGUCCUAAGCGCAAAACUUCAAGCAGUGAAUCUGAAUAUGUGGAUCAAUCCUCCAGCAAACAGGAGAGCAAUGCAAGUGAAUCCGAUCCUGUGACUCAGAAGCCUCGAGAUGACACUAAUGUCACUAAAAUAAGAACUCCUUCCUGUCAGGCGUCGAUGCUGAGCAGUGCCAGCAGCAGUGGCAGUAAGAAGCCAGGAGCUGCAUAUAAAAGCAUGGCUCCUGUUAGCAAAGCCUCCAAAUUGACAUCCGUGCCUGGCUAUUCGACUCAACAUCGACCGCGGUCUCCAUAUCACCAUUAUCCAGUCACUGUGCCUGCGCUCCAAAAACAGCAAUAUCAGCAGUUCCACCAACAAAUGCAGCUACAGCAGCUGUUGCUACAACAGCAACUUCACAGUAACGCUUAUAACCAGCUCUCUUCAGUGACUCCAAGCAUACUGAAGCAACAACAAUAUUUCAGCUUAUUGCAGCAACAAUACUAUCAACAGCAAUAUCAGCAGAAACAGCCUCACUUCCAAAUGCAACAGUUACAGCAAAUGAAGCUUAAUCAAAUGUUGCUUUUGCAACAACAGCAGCAGCAACAGCAACAACACCGCGUGUUGCAACAACAUCGUAAAAAUUCUUUGCAAAACCUGUCGAGUUACGCGCCUGAGGUUGGCGCGGCGCUCUUCACAGACCGCCUUAUGGACGACGGUGCUGGUGGAGGAACCCGACGGGGGAGCGGCAACACCACAUCAGGAAUCACAGCCUCCAGGACUCCUGUCAUACACGAGACUACUCUUGAGGCCAUGGACUCUGCUGAAGGGGCUGGCCGGCUGCCUUCUGACUCGAGGAUCGGCAUGCCCCGUUUCCCUGAAGGUGUGCAGAACCCACAACAGCGCGGUGGUGCGUUUGGUCGUGACGCCGCCGAAGAUCGCCCAAGCGACGGCCUCCCCAACCGACAACACGCCAUACGCAUCCCUGAUGCCAUCACGACCAGCACACCUCUGUGGCCGCCCUCGGGAUCUGUGCCUGGCGUGACGCUGACCGAGUGCACUGAAGAGUUCAAGCAGCUGCCGCAGCCUGCCGACCUGCCCUCGUCUGCCUGGCCCUCCGCUGCUGCUCCUCCAGAUUCAACUUUGCCAGAAAUGCGAGAUGCUUCUAGUCGUGCUUCCUGGCCUUUCGGACAUUCCUUGUGGGGCAGCGGAUUCUCUCUGGGCGGGCUCAUCUCUGACUCGUCUACUCAAGGCCAUAGUGGAGGUAGCGGGUCCUUCUCAAGUUCCUCAGCUGCCAGGCAACUGCAGCCACAACCUUUCCCGAGACGCCACAGCGACACUUCUUCCUUCGGUCCCUACCACUCACAGCAGCAACAAGCUGCUGGCUACCAACAGUCGCUUAAGCAGCCGUCGGUUGGCGACACACAUCAGCAACAGCAGCAGUAUCUGUUCAAUCAACAGUUCCCGCAACAACAACAGACACAACAACGGCAGUAUCCGCCUCUCAGGCCUCUUUCUCCAGGCCGGAACAGCAGAAGCUCCGACCAUUUGCACCAUCUUCAUCUAACUGGUGAGGCUGGCGAAGGAGACAUUGCCCCCGGGAGUGGAAGUGGACUUUUGGACGCUAACUUGGAGGCCCUUUUGUCCUUAGGAAGUCUGCUCCCCAGUAGCAGCCCGCCAUCCCCUACGUCUCACUACUCUCUCUUCAGCCACAGGACAUAAGCCAACCUUCUCUUGUUCGUAGCGUCUCUCACAUACAGUGAAUAGAUCAAUUUAUUUAACACAGGCCUAGAUUUACUCAAGCUUGGCGAAACUAUUCAAUUUUUAUAAUUCGUUUUUUUCCUUAACCUGUGGGGACUAAUGGUUAAGCCAAAUUAUGCCCAGAUUUAAACUUCUUUUUCAGGUUCACAAAAAAUUUUUCUUGUCAUUAUGAUUAAAUCUACAAUUGUUAAGUAAUCUUGCUACGUUUCUAUUAUUUUUGCUGAAUCAGUUAUGACGGAUUUCCUGUAUUUGUGAAUUACAUCAAUUGCAAUUUAGAAGACCCGAGAAUGUCUUACUGGAAAAAAGUUAUGUUUUCGUUAAUAUUAUCCCUCUCCACUCUGCCAACUAACAUGCAUUUCUCGAUACUCGUGUGUUUCGAGUAGCCUUUAAGCUGUAGGAGUUCACCUUCGUAAUUAAUACAAUCAAUGUCCACAUGAUAAGCCUGUUUCAUAUGGCAAUCUAGCAAUAAUGGGAAAAUUUGAUUUUAAUUCAACUUGAUGUUUGCCGUCAAUUGAUCGAAGAUGGUCGUAAUUCUUCAGAUGCCCCCGGAAGUUUUAGUUUAUCCUGCUUCGGGCCAAAAUUCAUAAUGGAUUGUACACAAACUGUUAUCUGCGUAAGGAUAUUCUUGAAAUAACUUGGGCAUUUGCCAGAGGAGUUCAUUUGUUCUUGAUUGUGUUUAUUAGGUUAAGAGAGUAUUUCAAUUUGUAAAUGUACGAAUUAUACCUGUUAUUCGAUUCUCGUCGUGAUUGAACACCGGAUUUCUGUUGCUAUAUUCAUCUUCAAAACUAACGGAUUUAAGCUUAUUUUGUGCGCACUGAUAUAAUCGUUUCAAAUCCACGUCGUGCUGCUGGAAAUCUGUGUUAAUUGUGUUUUCUUGGGCUGCACUUCUUACUGUAAUUUUAAUGCACUACCAAGCCACGUCAUUUUCGUGGUGGGUUGCCUAGUGAUGCUCCGGAAAAAGCGUUAGUGUCCCGGGCAGCAAGGCCACCCGCUGAUCUAGGUUCAUGUUCCUGAUCAACUUUAGCCCUAAACUUAACGUUUCUUUAUAUAGAAAAUUUUUUUAUGCACACUUUUUCUUCCUAUGUUUUAGUAGGAAAAAUCUGGAUUUCAAACCUUAUUGUUAUUGAAAUUGUUCCCAGUAACUUUGUGUUCAGCUUUGUGUUGAUUUCCCAUUAUUUUAUCAGCUUACUUCGGCUAGACAUUAUUCCCUUGCUUAAUUAUUGCUGGAAGUCCCAUCGGAUAAGUUUGUUUUAGUUUGCUAGUCUCUACGCCUAGCUAAUUUGUAAGCCUUACUUUCUCUAGUCGUUGUAUGUACGGAAGAUUAUUUGUUAAUUGUUAGCACGCUCAUGUAAGUUGCUGUUGAGCAGUGUGUAUGUUUUCUCAAAUUUCAACGAAUUAGUUUAGCACUGUUUCGUGUUUGUUCCUGUUAUGUUUUCAGGCAUUCUACUGACUGAUUGUCGAUGCCAUAUUUUAUCAUUUGGU